CGGCUUUAUUCUCAUGCCCCUUCUCCUCAUUGUAAACAAGCGGCGAUGGCGUCCCCGAAUUCUGGGCCCGUCGGUUCAAAUUCAGGUGGUGUGGCGCCAGAACCGGACCAGAAGUUCGACGUAUUCUAUAAAGACCUUAAAGAAACAGAGAAGAGGGACUCUGUGCUCACCUCCAAACAACAGAUAGACCGCCUGCUGCGGCCUGGCGCCUCCUAUGCCAACCUUAACCCCUUUGAGGUGCUGCAGGUGGAUCCUCGCACCCCCAUCGAGGACAUCAAGAAGAAAUUCAGAAGGAUGUCCAUCUUGGUUCACCCUGACAAGAACCAGGAGGACUCAGAGAGAGCUCAGAAGGCAUUUGACGAGGUGACUAAAGCCUGGAGGUGCCUAGAGAAUGAAAGCACACGUCAGAAGUGUUUGGACAUCGUGGAGGAGGCGGAGGCAGUGGUGGCCAAGAGGAUUGAGGAGCGCAAAAAGCAACUGAAAAAGGAAGGCAAAGACUCCCGUGUGGACGAGGAUGACCCUGAGAAGCUGAAGCGAGCCGUGUACGUGCAGACCAUGAAGCUGUUUGCCGACAUGGAGCGGAAGCGGCGGCAGCAGGAGGUGCGGGACCAGGAGGAGAGGAAAAGAAAGAGAGACCAGGAAAUAGCGGAAGAAGAACAAAAGAAAGCAGAAAAAGAAUGGCAGAAGAAUUUUGAGGAGUCUCGGGUAGAUCGUGUCAACAGCUGGAAAGAUUUCCAGAAAGGGAAAUCUGCUAAAAAGUUUAAGGGUUUCAAGCCCCCGAAGCACAAAGCUGAGGCCCGGGACUAGCCAGCAGGCGGCAGUCUUGGCGCCUGGGCCACCCGGGAGUCGUCCCGUGAGGGUUUCCUUCGUGUCACAGUGAGGCGGCGCAGUCAGCAUUGGAAUCAUGUCCUUCACUCUUCUGUUUCCCUGUUACCUCUUAUUACAGAGUGCUGAGCUCUAUAAAAUUUUAUUUUUUCUAUUCUUUACUCUUUUACAUAGACAUACUAACUAUGAUAAGUAUAAACCUAAUUAUGGGGUAAGUAUUAAGCAGUGAUGACAAUGAGAAUUUUGUAAAGUUUUGAAAAUAAUUUACUCACAGUAUUCCUUUUCUUAGGAAGCCAUGUUCUAGUGUUUGUUUGUGAGAAUCAUAAGUGAUAUUUAAUGAAGACAGGCGGAUAUUUUAUGACUUAAUUCAAGACAGUAAAAUUACAGCAAUGUAAUAUCUUGUGUGAAACGUUACCUCAUUACUGGUAGUUUAUAAUAAAGAAUCAUUUAUACUGAGUCCAGUUUGCCCACCAUCUUAGAAAUUUAAACAUAACUGUAUUCACUAGUUGAAAAUAAGUUGUAGCAUAGCAAGGAGCAAGUGUGUGGGCCGAGGAGUGGCAGUGUUACGAAGGCGUGCGGUGCUGGCUGACUGUUGUGAGGGAGCAAGGUGUGCCGAGACCAGUGUUGCUGUUGUAUCUGGUGAGGAGUGAGGAGUAUCUGUGAGAGUGAUGGCAGUUUGAGUGGGUCGGACAGCAGCAGGAAUGAGUAGAGUGAGGUUGUUGAGGGAGCAGAGUGCUGUGAGACCAGUAGCUAUUGUUAGUAUCUGAUGGAUGAUUAAGCCUAGCAAGCUCUAGUCUCCGACCCCCAUGGUGUGGCGUGUGGUGUACGUACAGGAACACAAACACUUUGGAGUUUAUGGCAGUUUCUGAUUGAGGUUAGUUUCCUAGCUCUCACAGUGUACCUCUCAAAACUUUUGUAUUGUAAUUAUCUGAGGUUUUUACUACUUGCAGUAGAAACUGAGAUAAUAUAAAAUAAUAAUUUAUUCUCAUACAAUCUUUUCUGGUAUAGCCUAAGUCAUUUUCAUAACAAACUUUCCUCCACAAGCUCAAGAUGACCUCUCAUUUCACAACAAUGUAACCUAAGUGCAAACACUCUGUGGCCCACAGUGGUGGACAUCAUCAUCUCUCUACCUGAGUAUUUCCUUAGCAAACUGUUUAGCUGCUCUACAGUUUGUAUAGACAAAAUAUUUAUAUGUUUAUUUAGAAAAAAUACAAAUUGUCUGCCCUUUGACCUUUGAGCAUAGGAUCUUUUUAAAGUAUUGGUUUUGCUUCAGUGAGUCAUUCAGACCAGCAAGAAAAUACAAGUAAGGUUGGCAAUCACAGUAGCAGGGUCACCACCACCCUGGUGAGGUGGGCAGGUGAGGCACGUGGCGAGUGGUGCACUUCCAGUUAGUGAGUGCAUCUCUCUCCACUGCCUCCACACACAUUGCAGCAAAUACAUUUACCACUUUAGCACAAUGAAUUCCCUUGCUGACAAAUGUGGAUGUAGCACAUUUUGAACUCAAAUCAAUUAUAUCUGUUCAGUGUUAUGAUACAGAAUGGUAAAAGCACUCUCCACAUUGAACCUUUGAAAGGAAUCUGGCUCUGGGAAGAAAAAAUUGUCAGUAAAUACUGUUUCAGAAAAAAAAAAAAAACAAUACUUA